GCAGAGCAGCGAGCGAGCGCCCGGCCAGCAGGAUGCCGGAGCCCGAUACCCGGAUGGAUGUGGGGAGGUGGGCGAGUGCCAGCUACCGGGUCCGCCAGCCCGGCCCCCCCAGUCCCCCGCCUGAAAGGAGGAAGCGAUCCUUCUUCAGCAAAUUCUGCAGAUGCUGCAAAUGCUGCGCGGGGACCAGAGACGACACAGACUGGGGGCCGGCGCCGGGGGAGGUGCCGGGGUCCCGGCCGGCCCAGCCAGUCAUCCGGGAGGGGAUGCUGGUGGUGAGCGGCAUGGACCUGAUGGGGCAGCGCUCGGGGGCGAAUCGCCGGGCCCACCACACGGACGAGUUCGAGUACGACGAGCUGAUCGUGCGCCGGGGGCAGCCCUUUGACAUCCGCCUGCAGCUGCAGCAGCCCUACGACCCCGAGCUGCACCGGGUCUGCCUGGAGCUGCUCAUCGGCCCCACACCCCAGCUGUCCAAGGCCACGCACAUCCUGGUGCCGUUGGGGGCCCCGCUGCCUGGACUGGGCUGGGCGGCCGAGGUGAGAGACUCCACCAACGACAGCCUGUCCCUGCGGGUCAGCACCGCCCCCACCGCCGUCAUCGGCAAGUACCGCUUCAGCGUCAAGACGCGGAGCCCGGCUGGCGAGUACCAGAUGCCCUUCGACCCCCGCAACAAGAUCUACAUCCUCUUCAACCCCUGGUGCCGCGAGGAUGCCGUGUACCUGCCCCACGACGACUGGCUGGAGGAAUACGUGCUCAACGAGAGCGGGCGCAUCUACUACGGCACCGAGAGCCAGAUCGGGGAGCGCACCUGGAACUAUGGGCAGUUUGACCGGGGGAUGCUGGACGCCUGCCUGUACAUCCUGGACCGGCGCGGGAUGCCCCACUCGGGGCGCGGGGACCCCAUCAGCGUCUCCCGCGUCGUCUCCGCCAUGGUGAACUCCCUGGACGACAACGGGGUGCUGGUGGGGAACUGGACGGGCGACUACGCGCGGGGCACUAACCCCUCGGCCUGGGUGGGCAGCGUGGACAUCCUGCGGCAGUACCACCGCACCGGCUACCCCGUCCUCUACGGCCAGUGCUGGGUCUUCGCCGGCGUCGUCACCAGCGUCCUGCGGUGCUUCGGGAUCGCCACCCGCACAGUCACCAACUACAACUCGGCCCACGACACGGACGUCAGCCUCACCAUGGACAUCUACUUCGACGAGAACAUGAAACCGCUGGAACGGCUCAACGCCGACUCCGUCUGGAAUUUCCAUGUGUGGAACGACUGCUGGAUGACCCGGCCCGACCUGCCCUCGGGGUACGACGGGUGGCAAGUGGUCGAUGCCACCCCCCAGGAGACCAGCAGUGGUAUCUUCUGCUGCGGACCCUGCUCGGUGGAGGCCAUUAAGAACGGGCUGGUGUACCUGAAGUACGACGCGCCCUUCAUCUUUGCUGAGGUGAACAGCGACAAGGUGUACUGGCAGCGCCAGGCCGACGGCACCUACAAGAUUGUCUACGUGGAGGAAAAGGCCAUUGGGCACCUGAUCAGCACCAAGGCCGUGGGCUCGCACGAGCGUCACGACAUCACCGAUAUCUACAAGCACCCCGAGGGCUCGGAAGCGGAGCGGCAGGCGGUGGAGACAGCGGCCCGGCAUGGCACCAAGGCGCACAUCUACAAGAACAAGGAGUGGGGAGAGGACGUGUCGCUGAGCGUGGAGACCUCGGAGGCCGUCAUGGGCCAGGACGUGAGCGUCCAGGUGGCCCUGAGCAACCGGGGCAGCAGCAGCCGCAGCGUGUCCCUCAAACUGCACCUGGCCCCCAUGUUCUACACGGGUGUGACGGGGAGCACCUUCAAACAGGAGAGCCGGCAGGUGGAGAUCCCGCCGGGGGGAGCCCAGUCCGUCCGCAUGGUGGUGUCCUACGCCGAGUACCAGCCCCACCUCGUGGACCAGGCGGCCCUCAUGCUCAGCGUCUCGGGGAAGGUGGCUCAGACCGGGCAGGUACUCGCCAAGCAGCACAGCUUCCGCCUGCGCACGCCAGAGCUGACGCUCACGGUGCUGGGCCCAGCUGUGGUGGGGAAGGAGACGCAAUUGCAAGUUGUCUUCAAGAACCCGCUGCCCCAGACGCUGACGGGUGCUGUCUUCCACAUGGAGGGGUCGGGGGUGUCCAGCCCCAAGGCCACGAACAUAGGGACCAUCGGCGGGCACCAGACGAUCUCCUUCCGCCAGACCUUCGUGCCGCUCCGGGCCGGGCGGCGCCAGCUGGUGGCCAGCCUGGACAGCCCACAGCUCUCCCAGGUCCAUGGGGUGGUGACUGUGGAUGUGGCCCCAGCCGCAGGGGGCCAGCCGGCCCCUACCCGCAGCUCCCCGGCCCGGGAGGCCCCUGCUCGCAGCUCCCCAGCACGGGGCUCCCCGGCCAGGGGCUCCCCAGCACGGGGCUCCCCCUCGCGCCAGCCAAACCCCCGGAACUCCCCCGCCCGGCACCGAGAGCCAGGCCGCGCUGGCUGAGCCCCACAGGAGGCGAAGGGGUGCUCUGUGCCACGGGCGGGAGCGGGGACUGGGUGUCUGCCCACCCCCCCGCCACCUCCAGCAGUGUUGAAAUGCGGCUCCAUCCAUCCACACUCCCGCUUCAUCCCUCCCUCCACUCGUCCCCCUCCAUCCCCCCACACCUGCCCCCCUCUUUGUCUCCAUCCAUCCACCCCCCCAGCCCCUCUCUGAAGUCCCCCCAGCUGGCGUCCUCCCUGCUGCUGCCCCAUCGCCCCUGCUUUCCACCCCACCACCCUCAGCCCGAGGGAACAGCUCUUCCCGGACCCCUGGGUUCCCCCUGCUGCUCCCUGCCCCCCGCCCUGGGGGCUCGGGCACGACAGCGGAGGUGGAUCCGGACCAGGGGUUGAUGGGGGGAGAUCCCCAGCUCGGGAGCCCCCCCCCCGCCAUGGCUGGGCCUGGGCUGCUCCGGGGGGGGG